AGCUGUCCACUGCUGGGUCCCAGUCGACUGCUCAUUUGACCGUGGUCCAGGGCCAUUAGAAACUGUAUCUAAACUGAUAUAACCACAAAAUGGUAAACAAUCGCAGCCAAUUUGCUUGUAAUAUUUCUGCGAAUAUGUCUUCCGUUGUAACAGCAAUGCAAAGUUUACCACAUCCGCUCGCCCGUGCUGGAGAGUCUACGACCACAAACACCGCUAAUUUAUAAAAGAGAGUAAAUGACAAGGACGGGUAGGAAGGAGAAAGGGGAGGGGAAUUGACAUUAAAGCAACACUACACAAGGAAACCACACACUGCAGACACAGACACACAAGCCUUCAUUUUAUGUUUUUGAAUAACAGCCUGGUGGCGAGUGUCCGCACAGAAGUGUUAUAUUAACACCGCCAAACUGAAGUGGCGGAAAGAAAGACAUCACAUCAGUCUGUGGAGCAGUUUCAGGUCAAAGCGUUUUCCGACGAUUAUCACGAAAUGGGCUCAGAGCCACCCUCGUCUCCUCAGGUUGUCGAAGAAGGAGCAGAUGAAGAGGAUGAGGAGUUGAGUGGGGCUGAAGAUGCUGACCUGAGGGCUUCCUCUGGGAGGGGUUCCCUCCUGACCAGGAGAGGCAUCACACUAAGAGUCCUCUUAAAGGAUGGUCUUGUGGAGCCUGGAGAUGGCGUUCUGUCCAUACACUACCUGGGUAAAAAGUUUGUUGGAGAUCUGUUGAAUGAUGGGAAGAUCCGUUGGGUGGAGACCGGGCAGAUCUUUAACUCUCCAAGCGCCUGGGCAACACACUGCAAGCGCCUGGUGAACCCGGCCAAGAAGUCUGGCUGCGGCUGGGCUUCGGUGCGGUAUCGUGGACAGAAACUGGUCCAGUACAAAACCACCUGGCUGCACAAAUACCAACCCAGUGCCGACAUGAGCUUGAUAAGUGAAGGAGAGGAUGAUGAGAUGGGAGAUGAUGACGAAGAGGAAGGGAAAACGGCCAUGCCAGUAGAGGACAAGAAUAAAAAGUCCAAACCUGAGCUGCACGACAUUAGCCUGAUGCAGAGGAGGGAAAGAGAGAGAGUUCCAAUCAGGUAUUGCACUCUUGGCACCAGAGAUGCAACAAGGGAUCCACACACUCUCGUAGAGCUCUCCGCCUUUUCUGCGAUCAACCGCUUCCAGCCUUUUAAUGUAGCCGUUUCCAGCAAUGUUCUGCUGCUGAUGGAUUUCCACUGUCACCUGACCACAAGUGAGGUUGUGGGGUAUUUAGGGGGCCGAUGGGACACUAACACACAAUUGCUUACAGUCUUGCGGGCGUUCCCAUGCCGUACGCGAUUGGCUGAUAAAGACGCUGCCCCAGCUGUCGAAGAAGAGAUUUGUCAAAAUCUCUUCAUGCGCGGGCUGUCAUUGGUGGGAUGGUAUCACAGUCACCCCCGAGGCCCCGCCCUUCCCUCUCUACAGGACAUCGAUUCGCAGAUGGAUCACCAGCUCCGCCUACAAGGCAGCAGUAACGGUUUCCAGCCCUGUCUGGGGAUUAUCUGUGGACCCUAUUAUCAUGGCAACCAAGGUGUGGCCUCCACCAUCACACCAUUCUGGGUAGUUCCCCCUCCUGAGCAACGACCCAAUGAUUACGGCAUCCCAGUGGCAGUAGAGGUCACAUACGUGCAAGACAACUUCCUCACUACAGACGUGCUUAAUGAGAUGAUGCUGUUGGUGGAGUUUUAUCGGUCUGCUCCUGACCUGGUGCAGUUCAGUCAGAUGUGGAGUCCUAAUACCUCUAUACUUGACAAAAUCAAGGCUUCUCUGUGUGGCCACGCACCCAAAGACCAGGCGUAUGCACAGAUCCUGGAGCACGUGUACAACCAACUGCGCAACACUCAGUGACCAGAGCGGUUUAUGUCUGUGCAUUUGUGUUAAGCUGUAGAACUGUUGACCUGGGACCUCUUGCCCUGUGCAUUACCGUCUGACUCUGUGCACUGUUAUACUGUAUAUGAAAUGCCUUCAUGGAGGAUAUAUCAUAUAUGCUUCCGUCCAAACUGUUGCCUUUAGGACUAUUAGGUCUGUAUCACUGGCCGUGGUUUAUGCGUUUCUGCCAUAUCUGUGCUGUGAAACUUGUCUUCCUGUGUGCUAGGAAUGUCUGGUGGGUAGUUAGGAAAGAGAAGAUGGUUAAGUGAGUUCUUUCUCUCUCUUUCUUUUGACUAGUAUUUAUCUGUUUGUGUGGUUAGAUUUGUGCCAUGUUGACUACGCAAUAUGGGAACAAUGCCUUUUACCUGCUGAAUACCUUAAAAUAUACACUGGAACAAAUGAAAUGUGCCGAUUCCAUUUCCUUCCGACUUAACCUCGUAACAUCAUGUUUUUCUUACCGUAUAAUUAAAGAAACAGUUCAUACUCAUACAAGUGAAACAGAUUGAGUACUUUCUUGAAUUUAUUUACUUAAAGACGAGUGGACACAAUAAGAUACAAAUAUUUAGAGUUCGGAAUACUUAAAAAAAAAACAAUAUUAUGCAGUUAAAUCUGAGACAUACAAGAGGAGACUUUAAAACUAAAACAUACAUCAGCCUGCUAUUAAGCUAACAUGCAAAAAUCAUUAAUAAAAAAGGUUGAAUGGUUUUGUAUGUAUAUAAAAAAAACAAUAUAAUACUAAAAAGAGUAGGACCAGAAUGAUUUACUUUCAUAAAAUCGUUCUGGUACCCUCAUUCCAUUAGACAGAAAUAACCCACUUGCUGUUUUCUUAAACUUGUAGUGUUGCAAAGGCACAUUUGUACUCAUGCUUGUACAUCUGGUCACAGCUCAUGCCAAAUACUGAAACCAACAAGCCCUUUCGUAAAUAAUGAAAGAGGACAGACAUAGAAACUACAUAUUAGAUCUAAAAUCAUAAUUAAUAUUUUGUUUGGUGUUCUAGAUUGAUUCAUGCCAUCGAAAAGGCACUAAAACCCUUUUUUCACAUUGAAACGGUCACCGUAGCCUGUCUGAUUCAGCACAUCUACAAUAGUCUGUUACGGUGAGCAAAACAAACCGUGGACAAAACAUGUAAACAGACACUGGGAGGAAAAGGUCACAGAGGUGCUCUGUGCAGACAGGACAUGGAGUCGGGGUGGAGGGACAGAUGUUGGUAUGUUCAGAACCACCAAGAUGGUGUGUAGGUCCAUGCUUUUAUGGAGUGCAGUAUUUGAAAAGAAAAAAAAACAUCCUAAGAACUAGGGAACUCUGAGUAAAAUAGAUAAACUAGAUCUUCAACCACUUUUAAAGCUGUAAUAAUCCUUUAAAAGUGAUGGGUGAGAGCAAGAGAUGUAGCACCAUCCCUUCAUUUCUGAAGAUGAGAAGUAGUAUUUGUUAAUAAAGAAAUUCUGUGUAAAUUAAAUUUAACACGGGGCUUAUGAGCCAACAUCCACCCUAAACACCCAGAUAUACACACCUGAAAUAAUGGGACACUGCCAGCAGCAUCAGAUGUACAGAAUACCGUAAACUGACUUCAAAAGAGGAGAAAGAGAGAGGAAGACUCUAUAAUUCAGGCUGCCAGAAGAA